CGGAAAAGGAAGUAGGCUCGCUCGUUUAUGAAGGGUGCUCAGUCCGAACACGGGAGGACUCUGUAGCCACUGUACUCGACAAGGACGCUAAUGGCACAAAUCUUGCAAUAAAAUGGCAGCGACACGGAGUGAAAAUGCCUCAGCUCAAAGUCAAGUUGGUCAUCACCGGAGACGAUUUUGGCUACUGCGACAGAAGGAAUCGAGGAAUUGUGGAUUGUUUCCAGGCGGGCGGAAUCUCCAAUGUGUCACUGCUGGUUAACGCCGCGUCAGCGGAGAACGCGGCCGAACUGGCGAAAAGACAUCGCAUACCUAUUGGACUCCAUGCAAACCUCUCGGAAGGUGCCCCGGUGUGCCAGGAGCUGAAGACAUCUAGUCUUCUCAAUAAAGAUGGCUUCUUUCAUGGCAAGAUGGGUUUCCGGCAAGUUCUACAGAGUGGCCAAAUGAACAUGGCAGAGGUGGAGGCUGAACUUAGGGCCCAGAUUAAGCGUUUUUGUGAGCUCACUGGUCGCCUUCCCAGUCACAUGGAUGGCCACCAGCAUGUACACGUGUUGCCAGAGGUGCGAGAAGUGUUUGCACAAGUCCUCUCUGAUUUCGGGAUCUCAUGCACUCGGGUCCCAGUGGAGCCUGGCCUUCAUUCCUGCACCUUCCUACCUCCCCAUCUCCGAGACUUCUACCUGCAGGUUGAGAAGGAUGCCCUCCAGUCUGUGGAGGUCUUCCAUCGAUACGGUAUCAGAUGGCCAGAUGUCUACUUGGGCCUCAGCACAAUGGGGCAAAACAUGUCCAUCUCCAACCUCCAAAGAGCCCUGAGCUUCGCUCUGCAGGCUCGGACGUCCAUCGCAGCACAAGCCGGGGACCUGUGUGGUCCCGGCUUGUGUCAGCCAAUCACGGUGGAGCUGAUGGUGCAUCCUGGGUACCCAAGCCAUCCUCUCCAGGGUGGCUGUGGUGAAGGCCCAGACGACUUCUCCCAGUCCUCUGAUCGUCUGCAUGAGCUCAACAUGCUGAGGGAUCCGGUACUGCACAGUUACUAUAAGCAGCAGGGGAUCCUCCUCUGUGCCUUCAGUGAUCUGUAAAUACUCCAAGGCCACUUAAUGAGGACCUCAAAUUCGCAGCGUCUCAAGGGGUUUGCAGCAGACAGAGUGUAACACCUGACUCGGUUAACAAGCUUAUCUCACAAUCCUCAAGGGAUAAAUUAUUGGAAUUGUCAGGUGGCACAAGGUGUGGCUAGAGCAGGUAAAGGUGAUGUGCAUCCCCCCAUGUUGAAGGGCAAGGUUGAUCCCAAACAUAGCCUUUGGAUCAGUGUCAGAAAACCAAAUAUUAAUGCCAGUUAUUAGAAGAUAUGAGCCAGAUUGUUCACUUUGACAGGUAACUUCUGACAGUGGUCUUGCUUCCAAAAGUUCUCUUCAUUGUGACAUGAAGGUGUUUUUAGAAAUCUGCCUCAGUACAUCACCAAAUGCAAAGCACUCUAGAGAAUAUUGUUUUCUUAAAUACUACAGAUGUCUGGAGAAUCCUUUAAUGCAAUUUUAAUCAAACAGGACUGUUUUAGAUGUUGUCUGAUUUAUGACUGUGUUGCGCAUGAAGAUUUCAGCCCGACUGACCAUGUAGAAACACCAUAUUUUAAAAACCUGUAUGUAUAUUUUUCUUAUAUAUAUUAAAUGUAUUUGAUAUUUUAAUGUAAUAUCAUUUGAAUUAAAAUCACAAUUCUUUUAUUUCA